AUGCAAAAUGCUGCCCAGUACUCGGAGAUGGCCGGCCGCAUCGACGCGCGCCUCCUCAAGGCCCUCGCCAACAUGAACUACACGACAAUGUCGCCCGUGCAGCAGGAGGUGCUCAGCCUGCCCUCCUUCACCAAGGACUGCCUCGUGCAGGCCAAGACGGGCACCGGCAAGACCAUCGCCUUCCUGCUGCCCGCCCUGCAGACCCUCCUGACGUCGCCCAAACUCCCCCGCGGCCAGGUCGGCAUCCUCAUCAUGGCCCCGACCCGCGAGCUUGCCCAGCAGAUCGCCGACGAGUGCGACAAGCUGACGGCCACCAUCAGACCCGCCCUCGAGUGCCACCUCGCCGUCGGCGGCAGCAACAAGAACUCCCACCUGCGCAGGUUCACCGAGGGCAAUCCCACCGUCAUGGUCGCCACCCCCGGCCGCCUGCUCGACUACUUGUCCGACCCCGCCGUGCGCGCACGAUUUACAAGCAUCCGCAACGUCAUCCUCGACGAGGCCGAUAGAAUGCUGGACCAGGGCUUCGUCCCCGACGUCAUGAGGAUUCUCCAGACGCUGCCGUCCAAGCAGUCGGCCAACUGGCAGGGCAUGUGCUUCAGCGCCACCGUACCCAAGGGCAUCGAGAAGGUGGUGCACUUGGUUCUCGACAAGGACCACGCCCGCAUCUCCACCAUCGUCGAGGGCGAGGAGCCUACCGUGAACAGGAUUCCCCAGUCCUACCUUCCCGUUGCCUCGGUCGACCAAGUCCUCCCGACCCUGCACUCACUCCUGGCCAUCGAGUCCCUCAACAACCGCAACCUGAAGGCCGUCGUCUUCAGCUCCACCGCCCGCCACGCCGGCUUGCUCUACCACGUCUUCGCCUCCACCGGCGGCGCCGCUCCCGGCAAGCUGCCCGUCUUCCAGAUGCAGUCCCGCAUGAGCCAGACCCAGCGGACCCGCACUGUCGACGAGUUCAAGAAUGCCGAGCGCGGCCUGCUCUUCGCCUCGGACGUUGUGGGACGCGGAAUGGACUUCCCCGACGUCUCGCUCGUCGUGCAGAUUGGCCCGCCCUCCGAGUCCGAGCAGUAUGUGCAUCGCGUGGGCCGGACAGGCCGCGCCGGCAAGAGCGGGCGUGCCACCAUGAUCGUGCUCCCCCAGGAAAUGCGCUUCAUGACUAAGAAUCCCUCGUUUCCCAUCCAGAAAUCUGCCCUCGAGCACCCUCAACUGGCCACCUUCAACUCGGACAAGGUCAUCAGCAGUGCUCUGGCCAAGGUCCCCCUACAGACAAAGGAGCAAGCAUAUAUCGCCUUCCUGGGAUACACGAACUCGCAGAAGAAGGACUACGGCAUCCAGAGCGACGGCGUGGUGCGCUUGGCCAACGAGCUCUCCGAGGCCAUGGGGCUGACGCAGCUGCCCAUGAUCGAGGCUAGGACUGUCGGUAAGAUGGGCCUCAAGGGCGUGCCCGGACUCAACGUCGGCACGCCGCAGAACCUGCGCAACCCCAAUAGCAACACGGGUAGGAACCCCUUUCUCUCGGACCUCAAGCCCCGUCCUCCCCCCGAGAACAACUUUAGACGCCGACCCGGGCCGCCGCCUCCGGCCGCAGGGAGCAAGAACAAGAAGCCCAUCGACGAGGCUGCUCCCAGCCCGUCCAGCCGGCCGACUCAGCCUAAGAAGCCGAGACGCUGA